UUUCACUUGGGCUGCCUGACAGUCACAGGGGCUGCUGCCUCCCUUCCUGUACUACUUAAAUUGAGUUAUUAAUUAUUUUUAUUAACUUACAUUCAUACCUCUUCCUGGUUAUGGUUGCUGACUGUUGAAAGAAGCCCCUUCUGCUCUCCAGAGAUACAGACCAGGGAAGGUUUGUGGCUGGAAAACCACUCCUGUUCCCGGGAGAGCCUCGUGCUCCUGCUUGUUUAUGCAGGAUGGGACAGUCAUUGUAAGGAAAUCAAUCAAGUGAAAUGUAUUCCCUUGGAAAGAUGAUUGGUGAGUAAUCCCUGCUGGGAUUUCAGUCUCUGGUUUUAAGGAGCUGCAUGGGCUUCAGUGGAAUUGAGGUGGAAGUGACUAAUGUGGGUCUUUGUAGCUGUACAAAACAUUUGCUAAAUAAUUGGAUCUGGAAACUGGUUUCCGGUAAAAAAGCCUCUGUGGUUGUGUUCUGUGGGUUCUGUGUAAAAAUCAGCCUAUGGUAGACACCAAAGUGGAGCAUGAGCUGUGUUAAGGGCACAAAUGUAUCUGGAGGAGGAAAGGGAGAGCUGCAAGCUGACUCAAGAUGACGACGGCCACGCCACUGACCAAUAACACUCAGCUCUCAGUGAAUGUGACCACAAAGUCUCAAGAACAAAAUCUCUAUCAAAGUUCUGGAGCAAUAGUUGCUGCCAUCGUGGUGGGGGUGAUUAUUAUUUUCACAGUGGUUCUGCUCAUCCUGAAAACAUACAACAGGCGCAUGCGAGUGCGGCGGGAGCUGGAACCCAAAGCCUCCAAGCUGGCAGUGCCACCUCCUGUGGGGCACAGCAGCCACAGCCUGGCCCAGCAGCCCUCGGUAACCUUCAUCCCUGUGGACAUCCACCUGCAGAGCAGGUAACUGGGAACUCCCUGCCAGAGAAGAGAUGGAAUUGUUAUCCCAAGGACCUGGGACUCCUCAGCGGAGCUGCACUGGGAACAGCAAGCAGCUGUUAUUCUCUCUGUAAACUGAUAUGAACCCCGGUCCCUUUCUUUGGGAGGAAAAACCAGAGGUCUGGACACUUUUCUUAUGACUCAAAUAACAGGUGGAGGUCUAGGAAUCAUCAGGAUGGCAGCGAGGUCUAUCCUGGGUCUGGAUAAACCAGGAAGAGAAGAUGCCCAGGUUUUGUGGAGCUUUUGCUUCCUCAGAGACUUUGAGCCCUCUCUGUUCUGCUGAUGAACUGGAGGAAAAGUCUGGACAUGCCCCAAACUCAGUUGGGACCUGAGUUUUUUAUGAGUUACAUGAAAGAGGUUUGUGUCUUAUUUUAUACCUGAUGGGUAGUACAGGAGAUAUCAAAAUUGUAUUUAUCUUUAGUCAUAUUUCAUGUUUCUAAUCUCAUAUAUGUACAGGUUGAUGAAAAAAAAAAAGUUACUUCUUAUUUCCAAGUAUUUUUAAACUAUUUCUAUAAACUCUGUAACUUUCCAUUUCCAAAGGAACUCAGUGUCUGAGGGGUUUCACUCUCACUUCAGGUUCAUGGCUGGAGCUGUCUCAGAAUGCUUUGUCUUACACAAAAUCUGAGUUCUUUAACCAAAAAAAAUAAGCGUGGAAAUAGAAAAAAAAUCAGCUUGGACAAAGCAAAGGAGGCUCUGUACAGCCCCAGUGUGCCACUCACCCUGCAAGGUUUUGUUCUCUGGUGCAGCCCAACUAUUUUUAGCCGAUUUUAUUCUCGAAACCAACCCAAAGCGAGGUUGUUUUGUGAGUGCGAGGGCUGUGGGUGUGCAGCAGUGGCACAAAGGAAUUCCCAGGGACACUCACAGCCCACGGGGUGGGAACACAGAGCACCAUUGUCAGACACUGACUGCCAGAUUGUCUGAGAUUUUCUAUUCCAUAUUUUUUUCCAAUAAGCAGGUCAGUUUGACUAACUGGUAAUUUUUAUUGUGCAGAAACUAAAUUCAAUUACUUUGCAAUAUUCUUUUUUGGCUGAAACUGGAGCACGGUUUGGAUUCCAAACCAAAUAUUGAGACAGCUGUUUGUGAAGUUUCUGAAUCUCCUUGUAAAUAUUUCUCUUGUCCUGGUUCUCUACCUUAUUUUUUGUGGCAGGGAGGAUUGAUUUAAUAAUUCAGAAGGGACAGCAGAUGCACAUCUAAUUUUUUUUUUUCCAAAAAAAUAUAAAGGAGCUGAUUUUCUGUUUCUA